AUGACAGCAACGGGCGGAAACAUCACGGCGCCGUGUCACUUUCAAGAACAAGAUCAACUUUUGGCGUCUUUGCAACACACGUGCGACAAUUGUGGCGGACGAGAUCAUCUGAUGAAAUGCAGCCGGUGUCACACGGCGUUUUUCUGUUCGGUGAAGUGUCAAAAGACGUACUGGCCGUUUCACAAGGCGUUUUGUCGGAAGAACGACUUCGCGGAUGCGACGGAAGGGACGGAACCGAAGUUCGCGAGGUGGAUGCGAAGUCACGGGAAGCAAGCGGUUUUGAAAGAUGACGAGGUGGACCGUUUAGAGCGUAAGGUCGUCAACAUGGAAGACAUGUAUGGUCGCGCGAACCCGAAACCAGAACCGCCGAAAUUCGAUGCGGAAGACAUGAAGAACAUGCGAGAGGCGGAGGAAACGAGAUUAUUAAAGGCGAGGGAAUCGAGCAAGAACGAGUUGUAUUGGCAAGAGAUUGAAGUUGAGAAGUGUUUAGGUUUGGAGACGGAAACGAUUAAAUGGAAACAAAAUCAAACGUACGUGGAAAUCUUCGUACGGUUGGACGGUUAUGCGGGUGGAAUGAGCGCGCACGAAUCCGCGAAAAGUGAGGACGUUCAAGUGGACAUGUCUCGAUCGAGAUUGAGCGUUCGCUAUAAAGACGACGUUAUCAUCGAUGAUAAGAAGUUGUACAAGGACAUUAAAGUUGAAUUGUCCACCUGGGUGAUUGUCGACAACGUUUUGGAAAUUUGUCUGUUGAAAUUCUGCAGACGAGGUGCGGGAUACGCGGGAGGGAAAUCCAACGCGGAUACCUUUUGGCGCUCGCUCUUUUCGGACGAGUAUUUGAACGCUUUGCGAGUGGAAGAUUCUAAAGUCCAUUUGGAUUCAACGUCGUCCCUAACCGAAGACGACGUGAAGAAAUCGAUACCAGAACGAUACUACGAAACCGAAUUUGACGAGAACUACGGCGUUCGCGUCGGGAACAAAGCGAGACACUCCUCGAAUCGACCGAUGGUAGCCCAGAACAAAAACAGACGAUGA